AUGGCCCAGCCCAAGACCGACUGCCGCUCACCUGUCGGUCUCGACUGCUGCAACUGCUGCCUGGACCUGGCCCACCGAAGUGGGCUCCUGGGAGACAGCAGCGGGCAGAACAAGAUCCCAGGCAGCCCCACCGUGAGCAACUUUCGGCAGCUUCAGGAGAAGCUGAUCUUUGAGAACCUCAACACCGACAAGCUCAACAGCAUAAUGCGGCAGGAUUCGCUAGAGCCCGUGCUGCGAGACCCCUGCUACUUGCUCAACGAGGGUAUCUGCAACCGCAACAUCGACCAGACCAUGCUCUCCAUCCUGCUCUUCUUCCACAGUGCCUCUGGAGCCAGUGUGGUGGCCUUAGACAACAAGAUUGAGCAGGCCAUGGAUCUGGUGAAGAAUCAUCUGAUGUAUGCUGUGAGAGAGGAGGUGGAGAUCCUGAAGGAGCAGAUCCGAGAGCUGGUGGAGAAAAACUCCCAGCUGGAGCGUGAGAACACCCUCUUGAAGACUCUGGCCAGCCCAGAGCAGCUGGAGAAGUUCCAGUCCUGUCUGAGCCCUGAAGAGCCAGCUCCCGAAGCCUCACAAUUACCUGAGGCCCCUGAUGGUUCUGCAGUGUAA